AGAAUGUUGCGUCGCUUUGAUAUGUUGCGUGUGUUUUGCUCAAUUGUUUUAUUGAAAAUAAUUAUUUGCACUUCAGAAGGUUUUCGAGAUGGCAAGUUAUUUUCCAAGGCAGCAACGUUUCAUUUUCCAGAAUAUGCUUACAAGGAAACAAGCAAAAAUGAAAUCAUUUAUCAUGAUUACGAGCUAGCAUGUGGUCAAAACUCCCUGUGUGUUAACUUUAACUCAGCUAUGGUAUCUAAGCUAAACUGUCUAAGGAGAUGUAUAUCACCAUCAUGUUAUCAGGAUAUCUACGCCUUUGAUGAGCUUGAGGAGGGUGAAAUUGAUGUCAGAAUGAAUUCAUUUAAAGGAUGUGUUAUACAGCGCAUGUAGCACAAGGCCCCAAUACUGUAUCGAUUGUAUUUGACCAACUAUCUACAGGACUUGCAAUGGAAGAUUUCCGAGUUUAUUUAUAAAUGGGUUUAGACUCGAAUUCGAAAUUAUUAGGUGCCCAUCAAGUAUUAAUACAUAAAAUCAUUUUACAAAUCUUACCAAUCUGUUAUCGGGAACAUAGAUGUGUUUUGAUGUAACAGGUUAUCAGGAUCAACGGUCAAGUCGAACCGGCAUUUAUGCAAAGAUAUUACUAAGAAAUGAAAAGUUAAAACAACA